AUGGUGGUUGUACCGACGACGCUGUGGCUUCUGGACCCGCUGGUGGGCGCCGGCUCUUCCGCGCGGCGCCUCCCGAUGCCCAUGUGGGUACCGGCGGGCCUGCGCUCCUCACCGGGUCACCAGAUCCUCUACGCCUUCCAGGCUCUCGCCAUGAUCACCGUGGUCGAAGCGUCGCUCUACCUCGACGUCUGCUUUGUCGUUCUCAUGCUCAGCGUCUCCGCAGAGCUGCACGUGCUCAAUGACGCCGUUGCCUCCAUCAACGCUCCAGCAGUUCUGGGUGAGCAGCUGACUGCGUCGGCCUUUAGUGGGGACUGGCCUGCAGGCGACGCGCGCAUGCGCAAAGCACUCCUCGUGCUGAUGCUUCGCUCGUCCAGGCCACUGAAGCUCACCGUGGGCAAGCUGUACGUGCUCUCCAGGCACACGUUUCUCCAGAUACUGAAUGGAUCGUAUACGCUGUUCAACAUGCUGUACCAGGUGCAGACGAAAAAGUGA